CCGUUCCUCCCGGCCGGCAGGGGGCGCGCGUGCCCCGGGGAGCGGCGCCUCAGGGGCGGCGGCGCGGCCAUGGCGGACCGGCUGACCCAGCUGCAGGACGCCGUCAAUUCGCUCGCGGACCAGUUCUGUAACGCCAUCGGAGUGCUGCAGCAGUGCGGCCCCCCGGCCUCCUUCAGCAACAUCCAGACGGCCAUAAACAAGGAUCAGCCCGUGAACCCCACGGAAGAGUAUGCCCAGCUGUUCGCAGCUCUGAUCGCUCGCACUGCCAAGGAUAUCGAUGUUCUCAUAGAUUCCCUGCCCAGUGAAGAAUCCACAGCAGCUUUGCAGGCUGCGAGCCUGUACCGGCUGGAAGAGGAGAACCACGAGGCGGCGGCGCGGUUGGAGGAGGUUGUUUACCGCGGGGAUGUGCUGCUCGAGAAGAUCCAGAGCGCCCUGGCCGACAUCGCCCAGUCGCAGCUCAAGACGCGGAGCGGCACCCACAGCCAGCCCCUGCCCGACUCGUAGCGCCAGGGGGCAGCGCGGCCCUGCCCAAGAGCCUCAGGAACGCCUCUGGAUACACCGGGAAUAGAUGGGCUGGCCCGGCCCUCCCGCGCCGCUGCCCCGCGUCGGGAGCGGCGGCUUUGGCACGGUUCGGCUGCGGGUUUUGUGUGAGAAACGCUUCUGCAGGGCUCUGUUCUGGAUCUGUGUGGAUGUGUGAUGUGUGUUUCCUUGACUUAAAAAGAGCUUUCUGUUCACCAAUAUGACUUCAGUCGAAUUUCUUACAUAUUAGAAGCAUUUGUAUAAAUUAA